UAAAUAUUUCUAAAGUGAAACGCGAUAUCUGAAAUAAAGAUACAUAUUUUUCACAUCAUGUUUAUAUAGAAUGUUUUGUGUUUGGAGAACAAUCUUAAGUAGUUUUUUAUUAACCUUUUAAUUAUCCCAUGUAAUAAAUGAAGGAACAUAAUUAUAUAUAUUUUUCCAUACGCAGGUAAUAUUUAUCUCUGUUCCUUCUUCUUGAAUGCGUGAACUACAUUGCUUGUCCUAUGUACACUCAUUAUCAAUGCAGUUAAUUUGAAAACUACAAAAAGUUGCCUCGAACCUUACAGAGAAGGUUAAAGGGUCAUUUUUGUUAGGCGUUAAGUAACCAUGGUAUACUUUGCUCGACAAUUGCAUUCUUGGAAUACAAUGUGCAAAAUAAUCAUUGUUGUGACCCAUCUAGUUAUAUACACACACAUAAAACGGAUAACAGUGGCUGCAGAAUAAUCGCGAAAAUUUUUUAAAAAUAUCCUAGUUUUGUCGCCUCUUAUUAUUAAAAAAAUUAUUUUUCUGACAUUAUUUCCGCACAAUAUGUACCUACUACAACUUUAGUUUGCCUAUGCUCUAAUGGAAGAUCGUGAGAUAUCUUGAUAACAUCCUGUCAAUGUUUAACUAAACAUGUUCUGCAUGUGCAAGACAUAAAUUAUGACACAGCGAUUAUAUAUCUUUUCUUUAUGAUCUGAGAUGAUAAGCUAAAAGCUGUAAGUGCAUCAUGAAUUACCAGUUUCAUGGCCUUCUUUCGUUACACAAUAGUUAUUAGUUGCAAAAUUACACUCGCCACGUGUAGAUAGGCUUUAAGAAGUUUGUAUCGAUUUACGCAUUUGUCAUAGACUCACCAAGAAACUUACACUUAAAAGAGACAUUUUUGCAAACGCGUUAAUAAUAAAGUGCAUUGGUAACAUAAUUAAUAUUUCUCAGGUUAUAAUCUGUGACUUAUAUUAUCGUUUUCCCAGAAUUUUGGCGAAGAUGUUCAAUCCAUCAUUAAAGUUCCAAGUACUCAAAGAUGAAAGAAAAAGAAAAAGAUGUCUGCUAUUCCGUGCUACGGAUUUUGCAUCGUUGAUGUAUCCCUGCUUCACUGUUUGCCGCAUUCUGGGAAUAUUUUCAUACAAGUUCAACGCUGUGAACAUCAAGACUUACAAACCAAGCUAUAUUCUAUCGACCAUCAGUAUAUUCGUUUUUAGCAUUGUGUAUUCAAUAAAUCUCUAUGAAAUGAACGUUCGUGGAGAUAAGCGAUACAAAAGCGUAGGGAUACCACGGAUACUUGACUUUAACUCCUACUACAUUUUCGGUGGCGUUAUCGUAAUCAGUACAUUCAUUUUGAGUGAACCACGAAUGCGUUGUCUUCAGACUAUACUAGGGCUUUCGUUGAAAUUACCCUUGGACUCAUAUCAGAAUUUAUCUAGAAUAAUCCAUGCUAAGGACAUUUUUUUUCUUCUCUAUUUAUUUGUGGGGUUGUAUAGAUACCUUUCCGCGUUGCAAAUAAGCAUCGUGCGCAAGCUUCUUAUGCUAUACCUCUCCUUGUUCGUGUUUCAAAUGGAUAUGCUAUAUAUGAAUUGUGUUUGUAUAUUGAAAGCUUGUUUUAAGCAAAUCAACGACAAUCUAGUGAAUUUGCGAGAAGUUUUGACAAAUGGUGAGCCAUAUCUUCUGAAUGGUGCCUCUCGUAAUCAAAGAAAUCCUUUCCUACUGAUGAAGAUCACAGCUCUGAAGAAGCAGCAUCUAUCAAUCAGUGACAGUGUACGGAUGCUGAAAAUGGUCUACAGUUUGCAACUUGUUUCUACGAUACUUAUGGCUUUCACUCAUAUCACCUUCAAUAUGUACUUUUACUUCUUAGCGCUAGUACAAAAGAGUGUGCCCCUGACCAGUGUAGAAAAACAAGUGCUUUACGAGUACUUUAUUACAUUUAUAGUGUAUUACAUUAUUAAAAUAGCGUUGAUGGUAUGGGCAUGCGAAACUGGCAAGAAUCAAGCAAGAGAGAUCACCACCACCAUUUACAACGUGUUCAACAGUACCAACAAUAAGCAAAUAAAAUACGAGUUGGAGCUUUUUUCCUUGCAAUUAUUACAUUGUGAAAAUGUAUUUUCCGCAAAGUGGAUUACUAUAGACGCUAAGCUUCUAACUGCGAUAAUAGGUAGCAUUACCACGUAUCUAUUAAUCUUAUUACAAUUCCUGUUUACACCACAUUCUUGCAGUGGAAAAUCUACCUAGUUAAUAAAAAUAACUAGUUUAAACAGAAAAUAUAUUUUAAUUAUUCUUCGGCUUACCAUUGUAAGUAGAAUAUCGUUGUGAAUACAUAUAGUAGUGCUUUAUGCUUCUAAUAUUUGUGGAUAUACAUACAUGUGUAGAAAGAAAUUAAAAGAUCUUGUAUUACGUAUGUAUUAAUAAUCAGUUGUAAUCGGAAGGUAUUGCAUUUCACCUAUACUGUAAUCUAAUGGAGGAUCGUGAGAUAUCUUGAUAGCGUCCUGUCAAUGGUUAACUAAACAUGUUCUCUAUGUGCAAGACAUAAAUUAUGACACAGCGAUUAUAUAACAUUACUUUGAUAAUUCGAGAUGAUAAAGAGAAAGCUGUAAAUACAUCAUGAAUUACCAGUUUGACAGUAUUCUUUUGUCGUACAAAUGGUAACAGUCGCAAAAUUUAACUCACCUGGUGUAGUCUUGGAGAAUUGUACACCGAUUUACGCAUUCGUCGUAGAUUCACCAAGAAACUUGCACUUAGAAGAGAAAUUUUUUGCAAACACGU